AUCCCUUUAUCAGUCCCCUGCAGGUCUGAGAUCAGCUCACUCACCAUGUCCUACUCAACCAACAUGAGGUUCCGACUCCCCGCUUUAGCCCUUGCGCUGGAAAUAAUAAUUAUUAUUUUAUUUGGAAUAUUCGUCAAAUACGACACCAGCGAGCACAAUGAUCCUCAACACAAUUCCACGGCUGGUUACAGCCAAUUCCUCAGCCUGUAUCCUUUAUUCCAGGAUGUCCAUGUCAUGAUCUUCGUUGGGUUCGGUUUCCUGAUGACAUUUCUAAAGAGAUAUGGGUUCAGCAGUGUCGGGGUCAAUAUGCUCAUUGCUGCACUGGGACUUCAGUGGGGAAUAUUAAUGCAAGGAUUCUGGCACCUUCAUCAUGGGAAAAUUGAAGUCGAUAUAUUAAAAAUGAUCAAUGCUGAUUUCAGUACCGCGACUGUCCUGAUCUCAUUCGGUGCUGUCCUGGGGAAGACAAGUCCAGUCCAAAUGCUAAUCAUGGCAAUUAUAGAAAUUGCUAUAUUUGCUGGCAAUGAGCAUCUGGCUGGAAUGCUGGGGGCGAGUGACAUCGGCGCUUCCAUGACCAUUCAUACCUUUGGAGCUUACUUUGGCCUGGCGGCUGCAGUGGUUUUAUACCGUCCUUCGCUGAAAAAUGGCCAUGAAAACGAAGGGUCUGUUUAUCACUCGGAUUUGUUUGCUAUGAUCGGAACCCUUUUCCUCUGGAUGUUUUGGCCAAGCUUCAAUUCUGCCAUUGCCGAUCCUGGCAUGAACCAACAAAUGGCCAUUAUUAACACUUACUUUUCCUUGGCUGCCAGCGUGCUCACUGCCUAUGCUAUUUCCAGCUUUGUUGAACACAAAGGCAAAUUGGAUAUGGUUCAUAUCCAAAAUGCCACCUUAGCUGGGGGAGUGGCAGUCGGUACAUGCGCUGAUAUGAACAUCGGGCCUUUUGGAGCCAUGAUCAUUGGAUUCACAGCUGGAAUCAUUUCAACCCUUGGCUUCAAAUUCCUGACUCCAUUCUUGGCAACAAAGUUGCGUAUACAAGAUACAUGUGGCGUGCACAACUUGCAUGGUUUGCCCGGCAUCUUGGGAGGACUUGCAGGGAUAGUGUCUGCAGCAGUCGGAGCUAAAGAAGGCUGCACCCCAGCUAUGCAAGCUGCUUCAUUGGCUGCAACACUGGGAAUCUCUAUUGUUGGAGGAGCUCUCACAGGAUUUAUCCUUAAGUUGCCUUUCUUGGGCCAGCCACCUGACCAAAAUUGCUAUGAUGAUUCCAUUUAUUGGGAGGUCCCCCUAGAAGAACCUGAACAGGAAAACCAACACCAGAAUGAACAUGGGAAAAUUUUAGAAGCAUAAACAGGAUAUACACUAUAUUCUGCCCCCACCCACCAUCUUUUUUAUUCUUUUACUAAUAAACGCCAACAUUCACUUAACCUCCUUUCUAAUAAAUUGUAAAUUGGGUCAACAACUGCACAAACCAUUUGACCCAUAAGUAGUGAUGAGUGAAUUUUUUUUGCCAGGCUUUGCCAUCUGCAAAUGUUUUCGCAACAAAAAAUUCACAACAACAAAUAAGUUGCUGCAAAAAAAAUGCCUACGACUUUAAUGCUUUUUGAGUGAAAAAUAAUUUGAGAAAAAACACCCCUUGACUUUGAUGCAUUUGGAGUGAAAAAAUGUUGUGUGAAAAAAAAAAUCGCCACCUUUUGAGAAUGCUGUUUGCAAAUUUUUCCUCAUUGUAGCAAAAAAUUUUGCAGAACAGAUUCGCACAUCACUA